GGCGCCCGCCAGCACAUGCGCGUGCCGCGCCCCGCUGAGUUGUGGUGUUUGCAUGUUGACAUGGUGCGCCUGGAAUGGGAUACCUCGCUCUUGUGUAUACGCUUGGCUGGACCGCCGCUGCUGCUUUAUUCAUCCUGUUUGGGAUCGUAUCGGAGAACAUGCCACAGGAGAGACUCAUCAAAGCACUGAAGCUAACUUCAUUUGAUCCAGCCACCGCCGCGCCGCCGCCAACUCUUUGGCCUUCGCCUCGACGGAACUUUGAAGAAAUGUGAUUUGAAAAUGAACCUGAUAGUGCGGCCCAGAUGAAUUACUCAUGGGCUGCUGACUGUUUUGCUUGAAAGGAGGAGAGGGCGGAGUGUGGAGGAAUGCUGAUGUCUACUUAAGGUGUCAACGUGCAGAUAUAAAAGCUGACGGCUGCUUAUCGGCUGCGGACGACACGCCGACUGACGUCAAGAAGGUUUAGGGUCUGGUCUGUUUGCAUGCAAUGGCGUUGCAAGACCUGUGCAACUUCCAUGGUGGACAGGAAACGGAACGUGUGACUUGUCGGUCUGUUAGCUCUACUGCACCGUUUGACUUCUACGUCCCAGCUGCAGAGUGUCUUCACAAAAGUCCUCUACACUUUGGAUUCUACGGGAGCACCACACCGCCUUCUCAGCCGCCGUUCGCCAUGUCUCACGGCACCACCACCUUGGCCUUCACCUUGCAGGACGGCGUGCUAGCGGCGGCGGACACUCGCUCCAGCUGCAGCGGCCUGGUGGCCAGCCCGGACUCCCAGAAGGUGGAGCCCAUCCACAGCCACCUGGUGGGCACGAGCUCAGGCACCUCGGCCGACUGCUCCCUCUGGAAGCGGGUGCUGGCGCGGGAACUGCGGCUCUACCAGCUCCGACACGGGCGGCGGUUGUCCACCGGCGGCGCCGCCAAGCUGCUCUGGCACAUGCUCCUCCCGUUCAAGGGAAGCGAUCUAUGCGUGGCCACCACCUUGUGCGGCUGGGACCGAGGGCCCGGUCUGUUCUAUGUGUGCAGCGACGGGACUCGCCUCCAGGGAACGCUCUUCUCCGUGGGCUCGGGCUCACCUUACGCAUACGCUGUCCUGGAUCAAGCGCUUCAGUGGGGGAUGACGGUGGACGAGGCCACGCUGGUAGCAAGGGAGGCGGUGUACCGGGCAGCCCACAGGGACGCGUACUCUGGCAACUGUGUGGACGUCUAUCACGUCUCCUCAAAGGGGUGGACCCGCAGGAGGCGAGAGGACUUGAGAGACGAGUUUUACCAAGACAAGACCAGAAAGGAGACUUUGGAAUGAGCUCACUGGAAUGGCAUCCACCAUCAUAUCUUUACAUUUCACUACAUUUAUUUUUUAUUUUAUUUUUUAUUUUUUUGAAUGCAGCAAUAUCGGUAAUUCCAAUGAUCUCAUCCUUGAGCUCAUCAUAAAUCCAACAUUUUAUUUUUUGAUUUAUUUAUU